GGAAUGAAAUGGAAUGAUAUUGACAUCUGGGAUUAAGGUUGAAAUAAGAUUCACAAGCAAUUGAUUUCGAUAGUUAGAUUCCUCCAUCGAUAAAUGACAAUCUAAUAAAACACACGCACACUCUCUUUUUGAGCUUGAGCUUGUUUUUUUACUAUGCUUUUAGUUUUCAAGUACGAUGAACACCAUUGAUUUUGUGUCCUCAGCGAUCAUCUCCACUCACUCUAACCCCAAACUCAUUUCAUUCUCCAUACCAAAAUCCAAUAUCAAAAUCAAAACCAAGCCUUACUCCCAUUGUCUUUCCAAGCUCAGAGUUUCCGCCAUCAAGGAUCACAAUCCCGAUUCACACAUUCCCAAUGUUGCAGACCAAGUAACAAAACAUCCAUUGGUUGAAAAUGACCUUGGAUGGUUACCCGCUUUUCCUCACGUUCUCAUUGCUUCAAUGUCCAAUUUCACAUUUGGUUAUCACAUCGGGGUCAUGAAUGGUCCUAUUGUUUCAAUUGCCCAGGAACUUGGCUUUCAGGGAAACUCAUUCAUUGAGGGACUUGUUGUUAGUAUAUUUAUUGCUGGCGCGUUUAUUGGGAGCAUAAGCACUGGUUCUUUGGUUGACAAACUUGGUUGUCGCCUCACUUUUCAGAUUGAUGCCAUACCCUUGAUCCUUGGCGCAAUAAUAAGUGCAAAUGCCCACUCCUUGGAUGAGAUACUUUGGGGAAGGUUUCUUGUUGGUCUUGGUAUAGGUGUGAAUGCUGUUCUUGUUCCGAUAUAUAUAUCUGAGGUUGCUCCAACAAAAUAUAGGGGUUCCCUAGGGUCCUUAUGUCAAAUUGGCACUUGUCUUGGUAUUAUUGCAUCACUAUCUCUUGGAAUUCCUUCUGAGAAUGAUCCACACUGGUGGAGGACAAUGUUGUAUAUUGCAAGCGUCCCUGGUUUUAUUGUUGGUCUGGGUAUGCAAUUUGCUGUUGAUAGCCCACGCUGGCUUUGCAAGGCUGGGAGAAUAAAUGAUGCGAAAAAAGUAAUACGAGAGCUUUGGGGAGCAUCUGAAGUUGAGGGUGCAAUUGAAGAGUUUCAAUCUGUCAGCAAGAAUGAUGGCAGUGAUUUGGACAGCAGAUGGUCAGAGAUCUUGGAGCAGCCACAUUCUAGAGUUGCCUUCAUUGGCGGUGCUCUUUUUGUACUUCAGCAGUUUGCAGGCAUAAACGGAGUUCUUUAUUUUUCAUCAUUGACCUUUCAUGACGUCGGAAUUCAAAGCAGUGCUUUAGCAAGCUUGUUUGUCGGGCUUACAAACUUUGCAGGUGCACUUUGUGCUUUAUACUUAAUCGAUAAGGAAGGGAGGCAGAAACUUAUUAUAGGAAGCUACUUAGGAAUGGCAAUUUCAAUGUUUCUUGUGGUCUAUGCUGUCAUCUUUCCAUUGGAUGAGCAACUCAGCAACAACUUAUCAAUAUUAGGAACUAUCAUGUAUAUAUUCUCUUUUGCAAUUGGAGCUGGCCCUGUAACUGGCAUCAUUAUACCAGAGCUUAGCAGCACUAAAACACGAGGGAAGAUCAUGGGGCUCAGUUUCUCUACCCAUUGGGUUUGCAACUUUGUGGUGGGAUUGUUCUUCCUUGAGUUGGUGGAGAAAUUUGGAGUUGCACCAGUAUAUGCUAGCUUCGGAGCUGUUUCCCUGUUAGCCGCGGCAUUUGCUCAUUACUUCUUGGUAGAAACCAAGGGGCGCUCUCUAGAAGAAAUUGAACGCUCAUUAAACCCAAAAGCUUGAACCAAUGAUAAAUAUUGCGACAUAUCAAUUCAUUCAUUGCAUAUAUAGGAGUCUCCAUUAUAUAUAUAAGAGCAUAACCAAUCGAAAAUACAGGAUAUAGGAGACUCAAUGGCAUGCAUUUUUGUUAACAUGUGUAUGUUAGAUCAAAUGAGAUUGACGAAUAAGAAUGCAACGAGACAUUCUAUUAAAAACUAUGUCUUAAAUUCACAUGCUGAUACAAGUAUUUUAAUUAAAUCAACUAGUAAAAACCAUGUCUUAUA